GACCUUGAUUGGAUUAUAUCAUGUGAUCAUAUUUUUGAUUAUGAGCAGCAGGUAGAACGAGGUGCUUGAAAUUCUCGUUUAAAAAGCCCGUGGUUGGUUGGUUGGUUGGUUGGUUUUUGGGUUGGCUCGCCAUGACUCAAGGGAACAACCAACUCCCAUAAACGCUCUUUUGGUUGAUACUCGUUAUUGAAGGGGGGCCUUUUCACUCACAUUCACACAUGAGGAGAGUUGCCCAGUCACUCAGUCGACUCUAGGUAGGGUUGAUUUGGCUUUGGGUGUUGUACAAGCUCGAAUUGCACGGGAUGUAGUAUGUACAGUAUAUCCUAUCUUAGCCCAGUGAACUCGUAGCACGUACGAGGAGGAGCCAACGAAAAAGGUGCUGGAGCGAAGGCCAGUUUAUUAGCGUGAGGGACGUAUGGAAAGUGGCCUUUUCGACGAACAAAUGUUAGUGGGGAAGAAGACUUGACGAGGAAAUUACUGCUUUGUACUCACGUUGUGUUGUUGUUCCUGACAUUGCCAUGGUUGAUCUGGGGUUUGAAGGCAAAAAGAAGAAACUCGCGUCUGAAUAGAUGAGAGCCAUGUGGUUGUGGGCAUGUCUUCUCGUAGUGGUGGCCAUGGCCGUGGAUGAAGGUGGCGCCAUCAAUUGCUAUGUUUGUAGUGACAAGAGGGACAACAUUUGCAAACCCUUUGAAUUAUGGGGAAACCGAACCCAAUGUCCCUCUGGAGUGACGACAUGUUAUAAAAGCUGGUCUGUGGAGGCCGAUCCAAAAACGCGACGGAAAUGUGGAUCACAGAUGGAUGAACCCGACCAAGGAUCGUGCGAAGAGGCCUUGGAAGGUGCUAAUAAAAUCAUUUUGUGCAAAUGCGGCGAUGAUCUUUGCAAUGGCUCACCUCGUGUCCAAGGCGUAUUUGGAGCGGUUCUGACACCAAUAACAGUUUGGCUCGUUGCCCGGACUCUGCACCGACCCUGGUUACGAACUCCAUGACGAGCGGGGAAAACGACGACGACAGAGGAUCCCAUACUCAUUUUCCAACAAGAGGAUUUGCUCUCCCAAUCAUACACGUACACACUUUUGCAAGGCUCUUUGUAAAGGUCGUGGCAUCCAGAGUGACAAAUUAUUCAGUUCUGGGACAGAGAACCCAUUUCAUGGUGGAUGUUCUCUGCAUAUUUUGUCCAUUUAUGGCCUCGCCUGCUAUGACAUUAACAUAUUUGAGCACUCUGAAAGCGUUUUGUGAUAUUGUAUGCUUCAGCGAACUCUAUCAAAGACAAUCGUACCACAGAAAACCAUUCAUUUUCUUCCCCUUCCCAUCGCAAGUAUCUCGCCGAGCUACCACAAUAAUGCGUGCCUCAAUCAAACGUGCCUUAAAAUAAAGACUUUCACAACAAA